AUGUAUGUUUCCACCACUCUGUACUCUGUGUACGCAGCUGUCGCCUUCCUCGGCAUUGUCAAGGGCGGUAUAGGCCGGCACACCUCCGAGCUGGAUGCAGGAAGUAUUGUUGUAGCCCUCAAGGUUUGGUACACAUGCGAGGUUCUUUAUGCCUUCAUUUGCGCUCUCAUCCGGACUUCCAUUGGCUUGUUUCUUCUGCGCAUCAUCGACGGCAGGUUACACAAAACGGCCAAGACCAUCCUUCAAGGAACCAUUAUCGCAGUCUGCGUCGCGUCCGUGGUGUAUCUCUUCAUAAUUGUCUUUCAGUGCAACCCGAUCCGCUACUACUGGUCCAAAUUCGAGGGGCUGCAGGGAAGCUGUCGCCCUACAAGUCUUGUGCCGAACGCCACAAUCUUCCACAGCGUCGUAGUCGCCGUGAGCGACUGGAUCAUGGGUAUACUACCCAUGUCGAUACUUUGGCAACUUCAGAUGAAGCGAGAGAAGAAGAUUCGCUUAUUGUUUUUUUUCGGAGUUGCAAUGAUGUACGCUUUGCUUCUUGUCCGCCUCCGUUCUUCCUCCCUAGCUAACACCGAGCGCACUGGAAGUGCUGGAAUCAUCAUGAUCAUUAGGAUACCUUACAUAAAGGUGCUUGAGAUAUCGGCCGACUUUCUCUAUGAAACAGUGUGA